UUCAGAUUUGAUCAUAUUAACAUAUCACUUCACGGUAAUGUCCGGUCGUCAAGGAGGCAAAGCAAAGCCCUUAAAGAAGCCUAAAAAGGGACAGAAAGAGCUCAGCGAGGAAGACAUUGCAUUCCGAAAAAAGCAACAGGACGAAGCCAAGAAAUUGCAGGAAGUUCAAGCAAAAGCAGCGCAAAAGGGGCCGCUUGUUGGUGGUGGUAUCAAGAAAUCAGGCAAAAAAUAGAGCUUCACUGAUAAGCUGUGACAUUAUUUCUUCGUAUUAUGGGUCUCUCAUGUCUCAACACCAUAUAAUCAUAUAAAUUACUGAUGAAUAAUCACACAUACAUUAACUGGUUUGUAAAUUUUUCAUAACAGCUGAAGAGUCUUUUCAAAUUUAAGGAGAUGAAAGGGAGAUAACAGAUUGGC